GUUUUAAUGAAUCGCGAUUAAUCCAACAACAGCAAACUAAAAAUGAUAAUGAUAUUAUGCAUCAAAAUAAUUGGAUGACCUCCGCUGAAGGAAAAGUUCCUUUUUUAUACGAUUCUGAAUUCGGACAAUUCGAUUAUCUUUAUAAUAGUUCUGGUAGUAGUUAUGGCAGUGAUAAUGAUAAUGGAACAGUAAUACACUCUAAUGAUAACUCUUGCGCUGUUAUUAUCGCCAACGAUAGUAAUAGCAUUAAUAACGAUGAUACAAUCACAACUUCUCAUCAACAACAAGAUAUGCAAAUGCCAAACCUGCAUCAUAAUAUGUCAAACACAAAAACUAUUAUACCAAUGAUGACGAAAGGUCCACAGCGGCCAAUAGACGGCGGCUUAAAAGUCGCCGAAAUAAUCGCAUUGGGUAUCGAAACACUCGAGAAACACGGGAUUAGAUAUGUGCCGGGUUCUUUACCGGGGCAAAUUGGGAUUCUUGAUACAUUUGAGAACAAGAUGGCUAUUUCUGUACAGAAAAAUGAUGAUGACGCUCCUUUUUACGAAAAGAUCUACGGGAACGUGAUCGAUAAUUCUUCGAUAUCGGAAAAGGGUGAGAAUAAAAAAUUUUAUUUCGGUAUGGGUGAGCAAAUAAAGAAUCGACAGAAUCUCGAUGAAACUUGUGCUAGAACGCGUUGUGAUAGAAAGAGUCUUGUUUCUGAGUCUUAUAUCGAUGGAAUGAAUGAACAAAAUCCUUUUAUUGAGAUUAUGCAUUCGGAAGAAUUUUUGACUACGAAGAAAGAAUGGAAAUCCAAAGAGAAAAAAGCGCAAAAAACGAGAACAAAGUACCGAGAGAAAGUGGAGAAAGUGGAAAAAGGCGAAUGGCAAACAUCUAAUAAUCACAUCAAUGAUUUUGGCAAUUUGAGAUCGACAAAUAAUUCAACUAUAGAUUUACCACAAAAACAAUUAAAAAAACCGAACGAAACUUUCAGAGACAGAAUGAUGUCUCGACUUGCUGAUUGUGAAGCGAUCAUUGAUAUCGCUGAAAAAAAUAGAAUGACGUUAUUAUCAUCAGCUGUUGGAAAAGUUUCAACCGAGAAAUUACAUGAAAGAAUAUCUCUAUCACCCCUAUUACAAACUGCAAUCAAAAAAGAAAUCGUCGAAACACCAUUCAGCUUAAUGAAUACUAGCGCUAAUCAUCAAAUGGGAUCAGAAGCAAGUACCGACUGUGAAUUUCUAUUGUGA